GAUCAGUUUAUUUAAUGGACAUUUUGCAGUCAAAUAAGUUCUAGUGGUUAAAGAAGAUUGGAGCGGUGGACGGAAGCCGUCGCAAGCAGUGUCCAUCACCUGCGACGUGCUACGGCCGCCUGCCUCCUUGGAGCAGUUUUAUCGUCCCUACAGAUAGCGAGUUAGCCAACUUAGCUCAUUUGUAAAUAUUAGCCAGCUAGCUAACGUUAGCGGCAUCUGGUCCCGUUAAAAUGGCCACCAUGGAGAAAUUGAUGAAGGCCUUUGAGUCUCUCAAGUCAUUCCAGCAACAGCAGGGACCACCAUCGGCCGAAGAGCUAGUUCAAAAACAGAAAAAAGAUCUUGCAACAACCAAAAAGGAUCGGGUGACCCACUGUCUGACUAUAUGUGAAAACAUUGUGGCACAGUCUCUGAGGACGUCGCCAGAGUUCCAGAAACUUCUGGGCAUCGCCAUGGAGAUGUUCCUGUUGUGCACCGAUGAUAAGGAGUCUGACGUCAGAAUGGUGGCGGACGAGUGCCUCAACAAAAUCAUCAAAGCAUUGAUGGACUCCAACUUACCCAGGCUGCAGCUGGAGCUGUACAAAGAGAUUAAGAAGAACGGUGCCUCCCGUAGUCUACGCGCUGCCUUGUGGAGGUUCGCAGAGCUGGCCCACCUCAUCCGGCCACAGAAGUGCAGACCUUACCUGGUCAACCUUCUGCCCUGUUUGACGCGGAUCGCCAAGCGUCAGGAGGAGAUGGUGCAGGAGACCCUGGCCUCCUCCAUCCCUAAGAUCAUGUCUGCCCUGGGCCAGUUCGCCAAUGACGGAGAGAUCAAGGUGCUGCUGAAAGCGUUUGUGGCUAACCUGAAGUCCAGCUCGCCCACCAUCCGCAGGACCGCAGCCAGCUGUGCCGUCAGCGUCUGUCAGCACUCACGCAGAACACACUACUUUUACACGUGGCUCCUCAACGUGCUGCUCGGCCUGGUGCUCCCGGUGGAUGAGGAGAGGCCUAACCACCUGAUCCUGGGCGUGCUGCUCACCCUGCGCUACCUGAUGCCCCUGCUCCAGCAGCAGGCGCCCAACACCAGCCUGAAGGGCAGCUUCGGCGUCAUGCGCAAGGAGGCCGACGUCUCCCCAUCCCCAGAACAGCUGGUCCAGGUGUACGAGCUGACGCUACACUACACGCAGCACGGCGACCACAACGUGGUGACGGCCUCCCUGGAGCUGCUCCAGCAGGCGUUCCGCACGCCGCCGCCCGAGCUGCUGCACAUGCUCACCACGCCGGGCGUGCUGCCGCGACACACCGCCUUCCGCCUGGACGCAGACGGCCGAGCCCGCAGCGGCAGCAUCGUGGAGUUCAUCGCUGGCGGAAGCUCAUCGUGGAGCCCGCUCCUCCUCAGGAAGCAGAAAGGAAAAGUGCUGUCGGGGGAGGAGGAGGGGUUGGAGGACGACCCUGAAACGAGGGCAGAGGUCACCGGCUCCUUCACAGCGUCCGUCACCAGCGAGUCGGGCGGCAGCGACGCGGCCUCGUCGUCGGGCGUGUCCUCGCUGACGCCGGCCGACAUCAUCACCCAGCAGCCGCGCUCCUCCCAGCGCGCCCUGCAGCCGGGCGACUCGGUGGAGCUGAGCGGCGCCGGGGGCGACAGCGGACCCGACGACAACGACAACGCCGGCGACGACGGCGACGAGGAGGACAUGCUGAGCCGCAGCUCCAGCGGCGGGGCGGGAGGAGGAGGAGGAGGAGCGGUCAUCCCCUCGACGGCGGCGACCAGCGAGGAGUCCGUGGACGACGCCGGCGACUCCAGGCAGGACCAGCCGCCGCCUCCGCAGCAGCAGCAGCAGCGGCCGUCGGUCGCCCCGAGCGACAGCUCCCAGACCACCACGGAGGGGCCCGACUCGGCCGCCACGCCCUCGGAGUGCCCCGAGCUCGUUCUGGAUGGUAGUGAGAGCCAGUAUUCAGGGAUGCAGAUCGGAACACUACAAGAUGAGGAGGAAGAAGGGGGCGCUCCUGGCCCAGACGAACCUCUGGAGUCCUUCUCCCAGUCCGUGCUCGCCAUGACGCGGCCCCACCUGCUGGAAGGGAAGGGGCACAACAGGCAGGCGUCGGACAGCAGCGUGGACCGCUUCAUACCAAAGGAUGAGCAGCUGGAGCCCACGGACCCGGAGCCCAAGCCGUCCAGGAUAAAAGGGGAGAUUGGACACUACACCGACCCCAAGGAGGAGCCUCUGGUCCACUGCGUGCGUCUGCUGGCCGCCUCCUUCCUACUGACUGGACAGAAAAAUGGGCUGGUGCCGGACAAGGAGGUGCGGGUCAGUGUGAAGGCCCUGGCCGUGAGCUGCGUGGGGGCGGCCGCUGCUCUCCACCCCGAGGCCUUCUUCAACACCCUCUACCUGGAGCCGCUGGAGGGCCUAGCCCCGGAUGAGCAACAGUACAUCAGCGACAUCCUGAGGUACGUGGACCACGGUGACCCGCAGAUCCGGGGGGCCACGGCCAUCCUGUGCGGCGCGCUGAUCCAGGCCAUCCUGCUCAAGACGCGCUUCAACGUGGAGACCUGGCUGGCCACCGUCCAGAGCGCAACUGGAAACCCCAUCUCGCUAGUGGACUUGGUGCCUUUGCUGCAGAAGUGCUUGCGGGACCAGUCGUCGGUGACCUGUAAGAUGUCCUGUGCUGCUGUGAGGCACUGCAUCAUGGCUUUGAGCAGUAGCAGCCUGAGUGAGCUGGGCCUGCGGCUGCUGAUUGACCUGCUGGCCCUGCGUGACUGCUCCUAUUGGCUCGUCCGCACCGAGCUGCUGGAGACGGUGGCCGAGGUGGACUUCAGAUUGGUGAAUUUCCUUGAGAGGAGAACGAAUAGUUUGCACAAAGGAGAGCAUCAUUACACUGGGCUGCUCAGACUACAGGACCGGAUCCUCAAUGAUGUCAUCGUCUAUCUUCUGGGGGACGAGGACCCCAGAGUCCGACAUGUUGCUGCUGCUACUGUCAGCAGGGUGGUGUCACGGCUGUUCUACGACUGUGACCAGGCGCAGGCUGACCCCGUGGUGGCCAUUGCACGGGAGCAGAGCAGCCUGUACCUCCAGCUGCUGAUGCACGAGACCCAGCCGCCCUCCCAGUUCACCGUCAGCACCAUCACCAGGACAUACAGGGGCUACAACUUGUCCCAGGGCACCUCAGACGUGACCAUGGAGAACAACCUGUCCCGCGUGAUCAGCGCAGUGUCUCACGCGCUCUCGUCCUCCACGUCCAGAGCCCUCACGUUUGGCUGCUGCGAGGCCCUGUGUCUGCUGAGCGGCAGUUUCCCAGUGUGUACCUGGAGCACAGGCUGGCACUGCGGCUACAUCAGCUCCUCCGCCAGCCACUUCAGCCGCACCAACCAGAGCCGUACCCGCGGACGCUCACACAGCCUGUCCCAGUCGAGUGCCCCUGAGGAGGCGCGGCGGUGCCUGACGGUGGGCAUGGCCAACAUGGUGCUGUCCCUGCUCUCCUCCGCCUGGUUCCCCCUGGACCUCUCCGCCCACCAGGACGCUCUGGUACUGGCCGGGAACCUGCUGGCCGCUGCGUCCCCCAAGUGCAUGAAGAGCCCGUGGAGCGGCGAGGAGGAGGGCAGCGCGGCGGCGGGGGCCAAGCAGGAGGAGCCGUGGCCGGCGCUCAGUGACCGCUCGCUCAUCGGCAUGGUGGAGCAGCUCUUCUCCCACCUGCUCAAGGUCCUCAACAUCUGCGCCCACGUGCUGGACGACACGCCGCCCGGCCCCGCCGUCAAGGCCACGCUGCCCUCCCUGGCCAACCCCCCGUCCCUGAGCCCCAUCCGCAGGAAGGGCAAGGACAAGGACACGGCCGAGCCGCCCGCUCCCAUGAGCCCCAAGAAGGGGGUCGACCCCAACACAGGCCGGCCAGCGGACAGCACAGUGGCUGCACCCGUCAACAAGUCCACCACCCUGGGCAGCUUCUACCACCUCCCUCCCUACCUGAAGCUCUACGACGUCCUCAAGGCCACCUAUACCAACUACAGGGUGACCCUGGACCUCCACAGCACCAAUGAGAAGUUUGGUGGUUUCCUGCGCUCCACUCUGGACGUGCUCUCCCAGCUGCUGGAGCUGGCCACGCUACACGACAUCGGGAAGUGUGUGGAGGAAGUCCUGGGGUACCUCAAGUCCUGCUUCUCCAGAGAGCCAACACUGGCCACUGUCUGUGUGCAACAGCUACUGAAGACGUUGUUUGGGACCAACCUGGCUUCCCAGUACGAGGGGGCCGCCUCGCACCCGUGCCGCUCCCAGGGGAAGGCCCUGCGUCUGGGCUCGUCCAGCCUGCGGCCCGGCCUCUACCACUACUGCUUCAUGGCCCCCUACACCCACUUCACCCAGGCGCUGGCCGACGCCAGCCUCAGGAACAUGGUGCAGGCCGAGCAGGAACAGGACGCCUCAGGGUGGUUUGAUGUCAUGCAGAAGGUUUCCAGUCAGAUGAGGUCCAGUAUCACCAACGUCACGCGCCACAGAGGAGACAAGAACGUCAUCCACAACCACAUCCGUCUGUUUGAGCCGCUGGUCAUCAAGGCCCUGAAGCAGUACACCACCAGCACCUCGGUGGCGCUGCAGAGGCAGGUCCUGGACCUGCUGGCCCAGCUCGUGCAGCUGCGGGUCAACUACUGCCUGCUGGACUCCGACCAGGUGUUCAUCGGCUUUGUUCUCAAGCAAUUUGAGUACAUUGAGUUGGGCCAGUUCAGGGAUUCGGAGGCGAUCGUGCCCAACAUCUUCUUCUUCCUGGUGCUGCUGUCGUACGAGCGCUACCACUCCAAGCAGAUCAUCAGCAUCCCAAAGAUCAUCCAGCUCUGUGACGGCAUCAUGGCCAGUGGGAGGAAGGCAGUUACUCACGCCAUCCCUGCCCUGCAGCCCAUAGUGCACGACCUGUUUGUGCUGCGGGGCUCAAACAAAGCUGACGCUGGGAAAGAGCUGGAGACCCAGAAGGAGGUGGUGGUGUCCAUGCUGCUGCGCCUCAUCCAGUACCAUCAGGUUCUGGAGAUGUUCAUCCUGGUCCUGCAACAGUGUCAUAAAGAGAACGAGGACAAGUGGAAGAGACUCUCUCGCCAGAUCGCUGACAUCAUCCUGCCUAUGAUCGGCAAACAGCAGAUGCAUCUGGACUCUCAUGAGGCGUUGGGAGUGCUCAACACACUGUUUGAGACGGUGGCUCCCUCCUCUCUGAGGCCUGUGGACAUGCUGCUCAAGAGCAUGUUCGUCACUCCGGCUACUAUGGCGUCGGUGGGCACGGUGCAGCUGUGGGUGUCGGGCAUCCUGGCGGUGCUGCGCGUGCUCAUCUCCCAGUCCACCGAGGACAUCGUGCUGUCGCGCGUGCAGGAGCUGUCCCUCUCCCCCUACCUGCUGUCCUGCCCCACCAUCCGCCGGCUGCACAGCGAGGUGGCCGCCCAGGCGCCCCCGCCCCCGCCCCCGCAGCCGGCCGCCGGCCAGGAGACCAACGGGGAGCCCCAGCGCUUCCCACCGGAGGAGACCUUCGCCAGGUUCCUGCUGCAGCUGGUGGGGGUGUUGCUGGAGGACAUCUCCAGUAAGCAGGUGAAGGUGGACAUGAGUGAGCAGCAGCACACCUUCUACUGCCAGCAGCUGGGCACCCUGCUCAUGUGCCUCAUCCACAUCUUCAAGUCCGGAAUGUUCCGGCGCAUCACCGCCGCUGCCACCAAGCUGCUGAAGGCCGAGGGUCCGGCGUCGGGGCCGGGGUCGGGGGUCGGCGUGGGCGAGGGCGGCAGCUUCUACACCCUGGAGGGCCUGAACGCGCUGGUGCUGCGCCUCAUCACCACCCAUCCCCCGCUGGUGCUGCUCUGGUGCCAAGUGCUGCUCAUCAUCAACUACACCAACUACACCUGGUGGUCCGAGGUGCACCAGACGCCCAGGAGGCACAGCAUGUCCAGCACCAAGCUGCUGAGUCCGCACUCGUCCGGGGAGGGCGAGCAGGACAGGCUGGAGAUGCGGCUGGCCAUGUGCAACCGCGAGAUCGUCCGCCAGGGGGCGCUCAUCCUCUUCUGUGACUACGUGUGCCAGAACCUGCACGACUCGGAGCACUUGACGUGGCUGACGGUGAAUCACGUGCGGGAGCUGAUCAGUCUCUCCCACGAGCCCCCGGUGCAGGACUUCAUCAGCGCUGUCCACCGCAACUCCGCUGCCAGCGGCCUCUUCAUCCAGGCCAUCCAGUCCCGCUGCGACAAUCUGACCAACCCCACCAUGCUGAAGAAGACGCUGCAGUGCCUGGAGGGGAUGCACCUGAGCCAGUCGGGGGCGCUGCUCAUGCUCUACGUGGACAAGCUGCUCAGCACGCCCUUCAGGGUGCUCGCCCGCAUGGUGGACACGCUGGCCUGCCGCCGCGUCGAGAUGCUGCUGGCCGAGACGCUGCAGAACAGCAUAGCUCAGCUGCCUGUGGAGGAGCUGGACCGCCUGCAGGAGUAUCUGCAGAGCAGCGGACUGGCCCAGAGGCACCAGAGGUUCUACUCCCUGCUGGACAGGUUCCGAGCCUCUCUCCCCGACGAGACGACGAGCCCCUCGGCACCGGUCAGCACACACCCACUGGACGGAGAGCCACCCCCUCCCACGCAGAACGUGGUCGCUGAUAAGGAGUGGUACGUGACGUUAGUGAAGUCUCAGUGCUGUCUGGGCGGAGAGGGGGCGUUGUAUGAGACCACGGAGCUGCUGACCAAACUGCCCCAGGAGGACCUCAGCGCCAUCAUGGCCUGCAAGGAGUUCAAUCUGGCCCUGCUGGCCCCCUGCCUGAGUGUUGGGGUGCAGAGGUUAACCCAAGGUCAGGGUGGCCUCCUAUUGGACACUGCUCUCCAGGUGACCAUGGAUCGCCUGUCCGCCACCACUCAGCUCCUCCCCCUCCCCCACCGCUCCUUCCUGCCGCCCACCGAUGCCGAGGCGGAGCCUGAAGGCUACUGGGACAAACUGGCCGACGUCUAUAGCGAGCCGGGCUUCUAUCAGACGGUGCUGAGCCUGUGUGGAGCUCUGAGUCAGUACCUGCUGUCUCUGCCAAAGCUGCCCUCCGCCCUACAGAUCACCCCACACAGAGAGGCCCUGGUGGCCUCCUUCACCACCCUCACCAUAGAGACGGUGGUGUGGCGCGUGCUGCAGGACCAGCUCCCCCUGAGUGUGCAGCUGCAGGCGUCGCUGUCCUGCGUGUGUCUGGCGCUGCAGCAGCCGGCCGUCUGGACGCUGCUGGCCUCGGCCCCCUACCUCAGCCAGGCCAUGUCCAUCAUCCACUGCGUCCGCCUGCUCAUCCACGCAGUCGCUGUGGGGCCUGGUGACCAGCUUCUCCGACCGGAGAGAAAGAGGUCCAACUCGGAAUCUGGGGAAGAUGAAGUGGACUCAGCCAAAGACGAUGUGAGUAAGCAGCGUGCGUGUGAGGUGAUGGUUGAGCUGGUGGAGGGCCUGCAGACGGCGCUGUUUCUGGGCCACCCUCGGAACCGCUCCAUCCCAGCAUUCCUCACUCCCACCCUGCGCAACGUCAUCAUCAGCCUCGCCAGGCUGCCGCUCGUCAACAGCUACACCCGCGUGCCGCCACUGGUGUGGAAGCUGGGCUGGUCCCCCAGGCGUGGUGGGGAGUUUGGGACGGCACUGCCAGAGAUCCCUGUGGAGUUCCUGCAGGAGAAGGACGUCUUCAGGGAGUUCCUGUACCGCAUCAACACUCUGGGGUGGAGCAGUCGGACGCAGUUUGAGGAGACCUGGGCCACGCUGUUGGGGGUGCUGGUCACCCAGCCAAUCGCCAUGGACCAGGAAGAGGAGAGUCCGCAGGAGGAGGAUCUGGAGCGGACUCAGAUUAACGUGCUUGCGGUGCAGGCCAUCACCUCUCUGGUGCUGAGCGCCAUGACUCUUCCUGUGGCGGGAAAUCCCGCUGUCAGCUGCCUGGAGCAGCAACCGCGCAACAAGACCCUCAAAGCCCUGGAUACUAGGCUCGGGAAGAAGCUGAGCGUGAUCCGGGGGGCCGUGGAGAGAGAGAUCCAGUCCAUGGUGUCCAAGAGGGACAACGUGUCCACACACUUCCCUUACCAGGCCUGGGACCCCGUGCCCUCCCUCUCCUCCUCCUCCGCAGGCACCCUGAUUAGCCAUGAGAAGCUCCUGCUGCAGAUCAACACGGAGAGAGAGAUGGGCAACAUGGAGUAUAAACUGGGCCAGGUGUCCAUUCAUUCGGUGUGGCUGGGGAACAACAUCACCCCUCUGAGGGAGGAGGAGUGGGAUGAGGAUGAAGAGGAUGAGACAGAUGCCCCAGCACCAGCCUCACCCCCCAUCUCUCCCAUCAACUCAAGGAAGCACCGUGCUGGGGUAGACAUCCACUCCUGCUCCCAGUUCCUCUUGGAGCUCUACAGUCAGUGGAUCCUGCCUGGGAGCCCUAGCAACCGCAAGACCCCCGUCAUCCUCAUCAGUGAGGUGGUGCGAUCGCUGCUGGCGGUGUCGGACCUCUUCACUGAGCGGAACCAGUUUGACAUGAUGUUCUCCACCCUGAUGGAGCUGCAGAGAGUUCACCCCCCUGAGGACGAGAUCCUCAACCAGUACCUCGUGCCAGCCAUCUGCAAGGCCGCCGCCGUGCUGGGCAUGGAUAAGGCCACAGCGGAGCCUGUGUGUCGGCUGCUGGAGACGACGCUGAGGAGCACCCACCUGCCCAGUCGUAUCGGGGCGCUGCACGGGGUCCUCUACGUGCUGGAGUGUGACCUGCUGGACGACACCGCCCGCCAGCUCAUCCCCACCGUCAGCGACUACCUGCUCUCCAACCUCCGCACCCUCGCACAUUGUGUGAACCUACAUAACCAGCAGCACGUGUUGGUGAUGUGUGCUGUGGCGUUCUACAUGAUGGAGAACUACCCUCUGGAUGUGGGGUCAGAGUUCAACGCUGGCAUCAUCCAGUUGUGCGGGGUGAUUCUGUCGGCCAGUGAGGAGGCCACUCCGUCGGUCAUCUACCACUGCGUGCUGCGGGGGCUGGAGCGGCUGCUGCUGUCGGAGCAGCUGUCCCGCGUGGACGCGGAGACGCUGGUCAAGCUCAGCGUGGAGCGCGUCAACAUGCCCAGCCCCCACCGCGCCAUGGCCGCCCUGGGCCUCAUGCUCACCUGCAUGUACACAGGUGACCCGGACGACGCAGGAAAGGAGAAGGUCAACCCUGGUCACCCUGGGGACGGCGACCCAACUGCCACAGACAGUGAGACGGUCAUUGUUGCUAUGGAGCGUGUCUCUGUGCUCUUUGACAGGAUCCGUAAGGGCUUCCCUUGUGAAGCGCGCGUGGUGUCGCGUAUUCUGCCCCAGUUCCUGGACGACUUCUUUCCCCCUCAGGAUGUGAUGAACAAGGUCAUCGGAGAGUUCCUGUCCAAUCAGCAGCCUUACCCCCAAUUUAUGGCAACAGUAGUCUAUAAGGUGUUCCAGACGCUGCACGCCACCGGCCAGUCGUCCAUGGUGCGCGACUGGGUGCUGCUAUCCCUCUCCAACUUCACCCAGCGCACGCCCGUGGCCAUGGCCAUGUGGAGCCUGACCUGCUUCUUCGUCAGCGCCUCCACCAGCCAGUGGAUCUCCGCUCUCCUGCCUCACGUGGUCAGUCGCAUGGGCAGGUCAGACACAGUGGACGUCAGCCUCUUCUGCCUGGUGGCCAUGGACUUCUACCGGCACCAGAUCGACGAGGAGCUGGACCGCCGCGCCUUCCAGUCCGUCUUCGAGAUGGUGGCCGUGCCGGGCAGUCCGUACCACCAGCUCCUGUGCUGCCUCCAGAGUAUCCACCAGGACACUCCGCUGUGAGCGAGCCGGUCAAGCCCCGCUUAGCGCACGCCGCGACACCUCGUCAAAGUCACAGUCUGUCAGUGUGUCGUCAUCUGCCACCACAACACCUCCAUGUUAACGCUCCCCUGUUAUCCUCAGCGAAUGGGGAGGCCUGUUUCGUCCAGAGGCCCAUCUGUGGUUGUAGUAACCACGGAUGCAUUGUCACCAAGACCACAGCCCCCCUCAAAGGAGUUCUAGAAUCACUGUGAGGUAGCCUUCCCACAAUGCACAGGGACUCCUUGCCGAGUGAUUGACAUUUCUAGAGCAAACCAAGAAGUCGUACUAAAAGUCCCCCCCCUCUGGAAAAUCUGAAACCGUUAUGCCACCAUCCCCACGUAAAGUAUGCCACCGUGUUUAGUCGUGGGCGCUUUCUUUGCAUGCAAACACAUUACGCUUGUGUUCACAAGACUCUGGUGAAUCGAGACUGUCAGAUGAACGCCUCCUGAACGUGGAUCCAACGUGUCCAAGCAACAGGGUCUGACAGAGACCUCCACCUCCUUCCUGCCUGCCAGACAGCCAGCAACUUUUGGCAGAGGCUUGUAAAGCGGCCAUUCAACUGACAAAAAGGCCUCCCUAGGAAGUGGUCUUCAUCUCAAUCCCAGGUCUUUUCCACUCCUCCAUAACUCUCCCUGUUUGUCUCUGUGGUCUACAAGGUGGGGGCUAACGUUAACUUCCGAAGGCUUUCACUUACCCACUUCUUCUCUCUGCCAUGCCCCCACCCCUUUUCUGUCUUUGUCUGAAAAGAAAAAAAAAAAAAUAACAACAUUCCUUGAUUAUUAUGACUAUUGUUAUUAUUUUGCACGAAUGUUGCAUUGCUCUGUGGAUCUGUCCUCCAGCACUUGAACACUGAACAGAAGAUAUUAUAACUUAAUUUGUAUCUACUGUAUAUCCUCUCCUGAAGGAAGUAUGCUUGAGCCAUGGCGUAAUCACAAAAAUCAUGAAAUCAUUAAAUAAGACUGAGGAUGUAGAAUAUUUAAAAGUAAAAUGUGGUCGAUACUUCUAUUUUUUUGGUGCCGUUUUUGUUACAGUCUUUCAGGAGUGAUCUCAAGGGGCCUUUUUUCCAAAGGGGGUUGAAAUCUCAGUGUCUUGUGUGUGUGUGACUCUCAUCUGGUUAAUUUUUUUUAUCAUUAUCUUGGUCACUUGUCAAUACUGGACUGCUCUUGAUGGAGAGGAAAAUGGAAAAAUAUUGUGAAAGCUAUGGUAAUGUGAAAGGUAGAAGGUUUGGUAAAAGCCAUAAUAACCAUACUUUUGUUUCUCUAUUGAUUGUAUUGUCAUGGUGGACAACAUUAUUCUUUGUUGUUAAGCAUGUUGCAACAAGUUGUUUGUCCAUUAAGGCAACAGCCUUGCGUAGUGUGACUGUUUAAUCUCAGGACACGAGAUGUGAUUAUUGAUCCCCAUAAUGACUAGAAGCUAUAUUUUAAUGGAGGGUGUAUCUAUAUUGUGUAAUAUGUGUGAAGGAAGACAACAAAUACAGAAAUCUGAGAGGAUGUGUGUUUAAUCAUGGAACAUGGGCGAUCCAGAUGUCCCGUUGCCACUGUUUGUCCAGCACACAGCAUCGUUGACGCUAACCUCUGAAUGCCCACUUUUUUUUGUGUUGUUGUUGUUUUGUUGUUUUUAAAAAAAGAAAAAUAGGCCUGUGUCUCGUUACGUAUGCUUUGUUGAUUCAUUUGACAACGAAAUUCUCUUAAUGAGAAACUGUCUGAGCACUACUGAACUGUAAUAAAAUAAAAUCAACAAUAAAUUACAUUUUAUAAUCUUA